UCAGAAUAGGAUAAACUCCUACUUCUGCAUGUGCGUGAAAGUGCUCCAGUUAUGCCUUCCUUACACAGAGAGUAGAGAUGUAUCCAAUCGAGCCUACUGGGUUUGUCUUCCCCAUCCUGUGGUGGAGGUUGUAAUGGGAAACUCUCUCAUGCCCACUGGUCAGCUCAGCUGCUUUCUAACCUAGCAGAGCAGAUGGGGAAGUGAAAAGAUUUCUCACCCUGUCAUGGGGCUUCACCUGUACUCAUUGUUUCCUAUUUCUUGCAGUUGUGGGGAGUCAUCCAUAGAAAUCCAAAUGCUUCCUGUAGUCAUCUGGAUGUGCUUAGUGGCAUACUUCUCGCUCCAGUUCAUCUGCCUUGAUAAGCAAUGGCACAAGUUAAAAUGCAGACCCCAGCAAAUCUUCCUGGACCUCCCCUGUCCCCUGUGGUGCUACCCCCAUCAGUAACGACUACAAAUUCACUGGGUCUUCAGUCAUCAAUGAAUGGAUCCAUUUCAGAAUCAGCUGCUGGCUGUAACAGUCCUACAGUUGGCCUUGUAGAUUCUGCACCUUCUAGCAACUCACCAGCUCCUCUCCAAGAUAACAUGGCAAACCCCAAAGAGAAAACUCCAAUGUGUCUGGUAAAUGAGUUAGCCCGUUUCAAUAGAAUUCAACCUCUGUAUAAACUUCUGAAUGAAAGAGGGCCUGCUCAUGCCAAGAUGUUCACAGUACAGCUGACUCUUGGCGAGCAGACAUGGGAAGCUGAAGGAAGCAGUAUUAAAAAGGCUCAACAUGCUGCUGCUAGCAAAGCUUUGAAUGAAACAACCCUUCCCAAACCAACUCCUAGACCACCCAAAAAUAAUGUUAACAAUAACCCAGGCAGUAUAACUCCAACUGUGGAGCUAAACGGUUUGGCUAUGAAAAGGGGAGAGCCUGCCAUCUAUAGGCCACUAGAUCCAAAGCCACUCCCAAGCUAUAGAGCAAAUUAUAACUUCCGGGGCAUGUACAAUCAGAGGUAUCACUGCCCAGUGCCUAAAAUUUUCUAUGUCCAGUUGACUGUUGGCAACAGUGAGUUUUUUGGUGAAGGAAAGACUCGUCAAGCUGCUAGACACAAUGCUGCAAUGAAGGCCCUUCAAGCUCUCCAGAAUGAACCUAUCCCAGAAAAAUUACCUCAGAAUGGAGAGGGAGGAAAAGAAACAGAAGAAGAUAAAGACGCAAACAAAUCCGAGAUCAGUGUAGUGUUUGAAAUUGCUUUGAAGCGCAACAUACCGGUCAGUUUUGAGGUGAUUAAGGAAAGUGGACCUCCACAUAUGAAGAGCUUUGUUACUCGAGUCACAGUAGGAGAAUUCUCUGCAGAAGGAGAAGGAAACAGUAAGAAACUCUCAAAAAAACGGGCUGCAAUGACUGUCCUACAAGAACUUAAAAAACUCCCUCCUCUUCCUGUGAUUGAAAAGCCAAAACUUUACUUUAAAAAACGUCCUAAAACAAUAUUAAAGACUGGACCAGAAUAUGGUCAAGGAAUGAACCCCAUUAGCCGCCUGGCUCAGAUCCAACAGGCCAAAAAAGAGAAGGAGCCAGAGUAUAUUCUUCUUUCAGAGAGAGGGAUGCCUCGUCGCCGAGAGUUUGUUAUGCAGGGGAUUGCUGCUACUAGCAGAGCCUGCAUUCAGAGACAAGGAAGCUGGGACACUGUAGCAGUUCCUCCUCCUGAUGUCAGGCAAGAAAAUGUCAAAGUAGGCAAUGAAGUUACUACUGGAACAGGCCCCAACAAGAAAAUAGCUAAAAGAAAUGCAGCAGAAGCAAUGUUGCUACAGCUUGGUUAUAAAGCCUCCACCCCUCUUCAAGAUCAGCCAGAAAAGCCAGGGGAAAAUAAGGGCUGGAACGGUCAAACUACUGGGUAUCCUGAACCAACGAGUAACACACCAAAGGGAAUUCUCCAUCUCUCGCCUGAUGUUUAUCAAGAGAUGGAAGCAAGCCGCAACAAAGCAGCCCCUGGUACCACUGUAAGCUAUUUGCCAUCCAAAGAAAUGAGCCAGACUUCUAGCUCUUUCUUCAGCAUACCUACCACUAAUAGCACAGCUACAAUUGCCAGGGAACUUCUCAUGAAUGGAACAUCCCCGACUGCCGAAGCCGUAGGUCUAAAAGGAAUAUCUCCUGCUUCCCCCUGUCCUGCAGUGCAGCCUUCAAAACAGCUGGAGUAUUUGGCAAGGAUUCAAGGCUUUCAGGUACACGUCAGUGAUAGACAAAAUGGCAAAGAGUUUAUGACCUGUUUGACACUGUCUCCUGUGCAGAUGACUUUCCAUGGUAUCGGAAGCAACAUUGAAGCCAGCCAUGACCAGGCAGCUUUAAGUGCCUUGAAACAGUUUUCAGAACAAGGACUGAAUCCAGUGGAAGGGGCUAUGAAGGUUGAAAAUGGUUCACUUGAAAAACAAGUCAAGCAUCUGGGAGAAAAAGCAGACAAUAAACAGACUAACUCAGGCACCAUUGCUCAGGACUGCAAGGAUUCAAAGGCUGUCGUCUAGGAGCUUCCCAGCACCCAUGGCUGCCACUGCAUCCUUAUAAACCUGUCAACACGCAAUAGGGUGUAUGUGUACAAGGAAAUGAAUGACUAAUACCAUUAUUUGAGUCUUAUGUGAAGACAACACUAUUCUAACACAAGAGAUAAUAUACGUGGUACUGUUUAUUCACCCGGGGAAAAAAUAAAAUUGAACAUUUCCCUCAGAACUUAAGAUCAGACUAGAACUGAAUUGCCCAGAGGCAGAAGAAAUCUGAUCUUGUUGCUGAUGCUUAAAAUAACAAUCAAUUAACAAAAAGUGUUAGGGGAAAAAGGGAAAGUUUUAAAAUUGACUAAUAAUGAACAAAAAUAAGAGUCAACAUUGGUUCAGUUAUACAAUUUUUUCAUAGUGUAGUUUAAGUUCAGCUUACUGGUUUUUAAAUAAUGCUUGAAUAUUUUAAAAUUAACCAAUGACAGUGCUGUGAGAAUUGUAGUUGUUGUCUUCAUAUAUAGUCAUACAGCUUAUCUUUUUAUGCAGAAUAAUGCAUUCUUCAUUCUAUAUGAAUAUGUAUGACUUUAAGAUGCACUACUCAGAGUUGUAUGCAAACAGAAGUUUAAAUCAUGACAAGUAUUUGCUUAAACAUGAACUGAUGUUAGUGAUGAUCAGUCACAAUAUACUCCAGGAAAAACAGAUAUGGUAUUUGAUUUCCCUUGCCAUUAUCAAUUAAAGAGGCGCCUUGCCUCCAAGGAUCAUUUCCCCUUCAAUUCUGCUCUCUGUUGUGUGAAGCACAUCUACACCCCAUUCUGUGUGUUGUACCAACCCACCGUUUGCAUCAACUGAGUGUUUUUAAUAACUGCAUUCUGACCAAGAACAGCAGAUAGGUUUGAAAUGUUAUCUAGAAAAAGGGGAAAAAAAACCUGUUGAAACAGUUGUCGAGUUUCUCCUGCGUAGAAGGAGUGCCAGUAGAGAUGAGGCUUGCAGCUGCACUCUGUACCAGCAUAUUUGAAUUAAUGGUUUGGCCAAAUGCAGUAAAACCACGUCAGUUCAUGUGUA